AUGGCCUCGAACCAGCCCUCGAAGCGCAAAUUUGCUUUUCCAGGCGCACAGAAUGCCACCGCGGCGUCCCGCAAACGCGCCAAAGCCUACGAUGCGCGGUCGCUCGCGGUCCAGUCGGCCGACGCUGCGCUCUCUGCGUCCGGAGAACUCGAUGUAGCCGCGUUUGUGCAGGCCCGGGAAUUCGAGAUCCGCGCCCUCGAGUCCGGGAUGCAGCGAUCCAAGUCGGCGUUGACGAGCCGUGCGUUCCAGAAAGUACCCCGCGCGCUGAGGAGGAGGACGGCCAGCCAUAAUGUGAAGAGGGUUCCGCGGAGGUUGAGGACACGGGCGAAGAGAGAGAUGAUCGAGGACAACACGCCCACCGUGACGGCGCGACGACGGCGACCGACUGAGAUCCUACGGAUUCGUCUCGAGACCGCUCGACGGCUUCAGAACCUCAAUUCCAAGACCAAGGCGAAGCGUGCAGCAGCGAAAGCGAAGCGCGAUAAGGAGACAAAAAAAUCUCUAGAAGAGUCGGGGAGCCAUACGUACGACAUCGCGCCGCGAGUUCCAAAGAUCAAGAAAUACAAGCUUUCGCGACCGCCGCCGCCGGAUGCGAAAUAUAAGAAACGGCAGCGCUGCAAGACAUGGCUUCCGACGCAUAUGUUCCAUGCGAAGCGUGCCCAUAUGGCCACCACGAAGAAUCCGCUGUGGCGGUUUGCAAUUCCCUUGUCGUCCACGGAGAAAAGCUACAGGCCUUCUCAUCGAGCGAAGGGGGCUAGAGGGGCUGUGGCCUGGGAUAUGAGUUACAUGUCUACUAUACAGUUGGAGGGGACCGAAGAGGCUCUCGAAGCAGUGCUGAGAGCGAUCGGGGUUGAUGGACCGGAGGCUUGGGGUCUCAAGGGGAAGAAGUGGAGGGCUGGAACAAGAAGCCUACAGGCAUGGGCGUUCGAGCGUCAAGGGACACGUCGGCCCAUUGGACCAAUUACGUUGAUACGAUGCGCUGAGGGGAAACCUGACGAUGUGGAAAUGGCUGGUGUUGAUGACACAGGCGUUGGGUCUAAGAAGGACUGUCAGAAGAACAUGAAAAAGUUGUUCAUCAGAGUACAUCCGUCGGCGUUCUUGCAGCUAUGGAACGAGCUUCUCGAGCUUUCGAAAAGGCAGAAUCCACCCGUGAUGGUCGAAGACCUUCGCUUCGAGAUUGGCAGCAUCGACAUCACCGGUCCUGGGUCUACAGAGACUCUACUCUCGGCGCUCAAGCCGUUGAUGACGGAUGGCUCGAAUAUUUCGGUCGGAAGCCCAGAAGCCACAUGGAGCUCGUUGUUGGGUGUCUCGAAUCCUUCGUCCCUGCCACAGAAUGCCGUCCUUGGUUUCUCGAUCUCGGAUCCCCGCCUUCACUUCCCUCCUAGGACGCUAAGACCCUCAGGCUCAGACCUUGAAAUGCAGAACCUGGCCGUCCUACUAUCGACAUGGUCACCAGAUAGUACCCAAACCUCUCCUGCACUGUUUGACCGUCGCGCACGCCUGGCCGCCGCUCGUCAGUUACCGAGCCAGAAGGCUAUAAACCGUCGACGUACUCAAGCCGGACCAGGAAUCUACCCGCCUGCCGAAGCUUCUGAUCCCAAGAUCCCAGUGAUUAUUCUCGCUUCACGUGUUAGCAGCCAGUCGAAAAACAGCAACGCACCUGGCACGUGGACGAUCCUCCUCCCCUGGAAAUGCGUCACCCCGGUCUGGUAUUCGCUGGUAUACUACCCGCUCUCAAGCGGCGGAAACAUUCGAUUCGGUGGCCUGAAAGAGCAACAGCAACUUGCCUUUGAAGCUGGAGAACCCUGGUUCCCCGGUGAUUUCCCGGGAACUCGUGCUGGCUGGGAAUGGUACUUGAAUGAGCGGGAGAAAGCGAAGACCGAGUGGGAGAGACGGCCAAAGGGCCGUAGGGCUGAAUUCGAUAGUUUGGAUCUGGGAGGCGGCCAGAAGGGCGAGAUUGGACGGGGCUGGGCGUGUGACUGGGAAAGGCUUGUUCAGGGGCCACCAACAGAUUCGACUGCGGAGUCGAGCAGCGCCAAAGAGAAGGAGCAGAAUGAAGAUGGAGAACAAAAGGACGUUCCAACACAGGAUGCUGAGCAGCAGACCCCCGUCCAGCUGGCCCCCCCUCUCAACAUACACCAUCUCCCAUCAUCCAAAGCAGAAACCACAAUCAAUAGCCCUCCAAGCAGCGCAGACGCGUCUGCACUCGCAAUAGUCCGGAUAUCGCUCAUCAACCGGGGCACACCGACGCCCCAAGCUCGCAUCUACCGCCUCCCAACCACCAACCCCGAGCUCCGCCAAAAGUGGCUCCAACUGGCAUCCGAAACCCCCAAGAACAGCAAACCCAACCACCCCCGAAACCAAGCACACGGGCAAUCCUCGCAGCCUGGCCCUGCCGGCGACGAAGAAACCGCUCGCCAGCGCCUCGCGGCCUCGCUUAUUACGCCGUCGUCCGAUGCCGCAAAUCAGGCGGAACACCUCCCGGUUCCGCCGGAGGAGGAUCUCAUCGGGUUCGUCACGUCGGGAAAUUAUAAUCUUUCCGAAGGCAAAGGGACGGGGAUUGGCUCGAUCUUGUUGGCGAAGGUUGCUGGGCCGGGUAAGGGGAAAGGGAAGGUGCGCCAGAGGAAGAUGUGUAUCAUCCGGAGUGCGGGUGAGCGUGUAGCCAGGCUGGGAUAUUGGGAGCUUGCUUGA